CUCAUUUCAAUCUAGUUUUACCCUCAAAAUGCCCACAUCAUAAUGCCCGACAACCAAACCAAUAAUUAGAUUACACAAAUGUUCAUUAUUUUCGAAGCCUCUUUUUUUCAUAUUUUCGAGAGAAAAAAGGAACUUGAACUUAGGUUUUGUUAUAAUUAAUUUAUUUUUCUUGGUGUAACUUUGUGGUAUGACUUUAUCAUGGUGAAGGUAGACAGCUGAAAUUGUUAUUUUUUCUGUUUCUUUUUCUUAUCACAUUUUACAAACAUUUUGGCGUUUUUUCAACUUCCUAAAAACACCGACCCACCCAUGAUCUUCACCAUUUCCAACAAUACCUAUCAAAUCUGGCUCCCAAUUUUCACCCUAAACGAUGUUGCCUACAAUCAAAAAUUCUAUCAAUUCCUCCUGAUAUUCGAGCUUCUCCUCUCCCUUACCGUACUCGUAUUUACCAUAACCUCCGGAUUCAUAAUUCUAACCAGAACCGCCUUCCACAAAAAUUUCAACUCCCUUAUAGCAAUCGUAGUGUUGAGUUGGCUAUUUUCAGCCGCCGGAAAGCUACUUUUAACCCCUUAUUUUAUUGGUUUUUGGGUAAUCGAGCCAGUGACACGUGGCCUACCAUGGUGGACUUGUGACGUGGCAAAAAUGGCCCGACUAGAUUCUAUUAGUAGUGCAUGGCCCCUGUUCUUGGGUGGAGCACUUACCUGGUACUAUAUGUCAAUUCUCACAACAUGUCUAAUAACAUUGUCAAUCGAACGAGUCUGUGCGAGCUUUUUUAUCAAAAAUUAUGAAAAUACACGGAGAACUUAUCUACUGGCGCUGCUAAUUUUAUUUCAACAAAUAUUAAUAUUUCUUCUGGGCUACUUUUUAUUUUUCAACCUUAUACAUUUUAUUACAAUUGUCAGUGUUCUUGUUGGGCUCAAUGUUUUGGCGAUGAUGGUAUUUUGUAUCAAUCGCUGGUAUAAUUUGAAAGUUCUUCGGGAAUUUGAACAAAGACCGCGGGAAAGUGCAAAGCAUUAUACAUUGCCUGUCAGGUUUCAGGCGAAAGAGAAUUUGAGAGUUUUUAAUCUCACCGCCAGAGUAUUUGUUGUUGGCUUUUUUCUUAUAAUCCUUGGUUUCACAUUUUGUGUCAUGAUAACUUUUGAGUGGGCCCCGUCACUGGAAACAUUGCUCAUUUUUUGCUUCGAGAAUCUUAUACACUUAAACCCUCUUAUCAUCAACGCUGUGCUAAUUCUAUCCGUUAGCACUUGGAGCAAAGCACUGCCCAAUUCCCGGCUCUUCAGAAAAAUCUCCCUUAUUAAAGUUCACCCAAUAGUUCCGAAUCACAGUCAGCAACAGGAAACUGACACGUAUUUUUCACAACUUCAUAGUGUCUGGGAGAAGAAAGUUAACGUUUUGUGAACUUUAUUUGUGCUUUUUUCGGGUAUUCAAAUAAAACAUUUCUGGUUUUUU